AUGGACACGCAGACGACGGGAGAAUGCAUGGUGUGGCCAGGCCAUCGCAUCUUUUGCGGCUCGAACGCCUUUCCCAUCAUCUUCCCGCUCCUCUCGCCAGUCGAGGCAGAAGAGAUCAUUGCGUCCUUUCACGUCAUGGACCAUCCGGCUGCAUCAGUAACGCGCUUGGAGAUACUCAAGGCGCGGCUUGGGCGGCCCGCCAAGACAGAGUCCAACCUCGACACGUCCACGAAGAUGUGGCAGACCCUCCUCGUCCAUUCUCGCUUCGCCCGCUACACCAGCCCGACCUCGCUUCGCGACGACCUUCUUGGCAUUAUGGCAAAUAUUUACUGGACCUUCCAGCCCAAGGGCAUCUUUCCAGCCGACCUCCCGUGCGAAUUGGACAAGAACGCUGCGGAGACUUUCCACCACCUCCUCUGCCUCAACACGCUCGACGCCCUUCGCGCAGGACGUUCAGUAUAUCCUGAGGCGGACGUUUACCCUUCGGUCACAUUGGCUGAUUGCGAGCAGUGCUUAGCGACACUGUUGUUCCAUACGAAAGAGAAGCGGCGAGAGGUGUUCGGCACCCUGGCAGUUGUAUUGGGGCCACUCAUCUCCUUAUACGAGUACGAGGCGAAGAGGCCUUUGUAA